AAUGCUGGGGUCACAGACUUGAACCACUGAGAUUUAGGACUUGUUUCUUUCCACCAAUGGCCCGGAAAGGGAUUUCGCUUGCCAGGAAGUUUUGUCUGAGAGGUUCCGAGCCUCAGCAAUGGCUCCAGGGUGACUUCUGGGAGCCUCCACGUUUCCAGAUCCUAGUGAAGACAGGCGUACCAGGCUGGGGACAUGGGCCUGUCAGCUGGGCUCCCUGUGCUACUGCUGCUGCUGUGGUCCUUGGCCCCGCAGGCUCGGUCGCUGCGGUCACAUUCUCUGUACUACCUCUUCAUGGGUACCUCACAGCCAGACCUUGGGCUGCCUUUGUUUGAGGCUAUGGGCUACGUGGACGACCAACUCUUCGUGUCCUACAAUCAUGAGAGUCGCCGUGCUGAGCCCCGGGCCCCAUGGAUCUUGGGUCAGACCUCAAGCCAGCUGUGGCUGCAGCUGAGUCAGAGCCUGAAAGGGUGGGAUCACAUGUUCAUUGUGGACUUCUGGAAUAUCAUGGACAACUAUAACCACAGUAAGGUCACUAAACUGGGAGUGGUGCCCGAGUCCCACAUCCUGCAGGUGAUCCUGGGCUGUGAGGUGCAUGGAGACAACAGUACCAGCGGCUUCUGGAAGUAUGGGUAUGAUGGGCGAGACUACCUUGAAUUCUGCCCCAAGACACUGGACUGGAGAGCAGCAGAGCCAGGGGCUUGGGCCACCAAGGUGGAGUGGGACGAGCACAAGGUCCGGGCCAGGCAGAACAAGGCCUACCUGGAGAGGGACUGUCCCGAGCAGCUGAGACAACUCCUGGAGCUGGGGAGAGGGCUUCUGAGGCAGCCAGUGCCUCCUUUGGUGAAGGUGACUCAUCACUGGGCCUCUGCAGGGAGCUCUCUACGGUGCCAGGCUCUGAACUUCUUCCCCCGGAACAUCACGAUGAGGUGGCUGAAGGACAACCAGCCACUGGAUGCCAAGGAGGUCAACCCUAAGGAUGUGCUGCCUAGUGGAGACGGGACCUAUCAGGGCCAGGUGACCUUGGCAGUGGCCCCUGGCGAUGAGACAAGGUUCGCCUGCCAAGUGGAGCACCCAGGCUUGGAUCAGCCCCUCACAGUCCCCUGGGAACCCCUGCCGCCGUCUCGGGCCAUGAUUAUCGGAGCCAGCAGCGGGGUCACUGUUUGUGCCGUCUUCUUUGUGGGGAUUUUAUUCCUGAUCUUAAGGAAAAGGAAGGCUUCAGAAGAAACCAUGGGUGACUACAUCUUAGCCGAGUGUGGAUGACCUUCAGCCUGCAGACCCAUGGAGGGGAACAGACUCAGCCAAAGACUUGGAGGAAACACUCUUGCUCCAUUCCAGGACAGAGUUGAACCUAAUACACAGAAACCGCCGGAGGGACUCGGCCCUUAGCUUUCCGUUUGCUUUGUUAAAAUGUUUCCUCCAGUCAAGUCUUUGAGUUCCAGAACAACUCAGACUGCGCCAGAUGCAACCUCUCCCUCCAGAACUGGUGUCAUGAAUCUCCAGCUGCUUCUAGAGGCAUCCUUCAUUUCCUCCAUGCAUCAAGACUCCAUAUGUCUACUUCUUAAAAAGGCUCUCUGAAUUUGGGGAAUACAGGAUUUAUUUCACAUUGGAAGAAGCUAUGAAUCUUCAUCCUGGGAUGCACACACAUACUUGUGCCAGAAGUUUGCACACAUGUCCGAGAAUCCAGGAACCAUCCAUCUGAGCCUCUCCAUCUCUUAUCUAGUGACUACACCGUCACCAAGCUCUGACUUCUCUGACACUGGAGAGUUACAUGGGUCAUCAACACAACUGAAGGCUACACACGGUACAACCUGAGGGGGCACCCUCUGAGAAAGAGAGAUGUCUGUGUGCAUAAUGAUGGCUGUGUUCAUAUUUACAAAGGUGGUGAAUGGAUUUUCAAAGAUUAAUACCAUGUGCAUUUGUGACAUUAUGCCUGUGAACAACCCUCUCUUCUUGUCCUGAUCACAGAAAUUAUGAAUGAUUAUUAUAAUAAAGUAUGGCUUGCACUUGUGAAGAAGUGCUCAAUAUCAUACUCUGCUCUGAUCACUUGCUAAACACAAACCACGGCUUGGAAGUCCUAAUGUUUUUGUGAAGUGAAAAUGAUUAGUUGCACCAACAUCCUCUUUCUUUAGUUGCAGAAAGUGAAGAAUACAGUAUCUCACAGUUCUCCAGACAGACAGACAGACAGACAGCUGGGAGAGUGUCAUUCUUGCUCUUUGUUGCAGCCUGAGUUUGACCCACAUGAUGAGAAAUGGCUGCCAACAUUCUCCAACCCUCAGCUACCAGGACUCCUUUCAAUCUCCUGUUCCUCUGGCAUCUGUCUUUUAGUUCACUUAAAAAGUUUAGCUGACCUGUCUGGUGUCCUUAAAGCUGAUGCCUCUGGAGUCAGUACCUUCAGGUAACUGUCAUGGCAGCCAAUAAUAAUCUGCCAGUCUGUUUCAUCCUAAGGAAUUAAAAUGGGAGCUGGCAGGUGGCCUGGAGAAUGCUGGGAGUUGACGGGGUCCCACUGCUCAUUCCUAGCUGUGCACAUUAAAACAAAAAAUGUCAUCUAACCAGACAACUUAGUGCUAGACUGCAGAAAAGACCAAGCCUGUGUGUGUAUCUUGUUUGUGUAAGUACAUGUAUCUGUCUUCAUUUGUGUGUUCAUAUACGUGCACUGGUGUAAGUACACGUGUGUGGGCACAUGUCUCCAUGCAGGUGGCAUGGUUCACUUUCCCCAAUGCACAUGUUUGCAUGCUAUAUGACUCUGCUAUAAAUUCCAUCUUAAAGACCAAAGGUCUCAGACCAACAUUUGAGCUGGGACCGCAAGUCUUUUUUUCUUUCUGUUUUGGCCCUUAUUUUCUGUUUGUGAAAGUUAGGUAGAAAAAAAAA